UCUUUACAUAUAUAUACACACCUCUGUAUCCGUUACAACUUUAUAAUGUGUACAUAGAGAUAAAUCAAUGGAGCUUUCAAUCUAAUCACAUGCCAAAAUUCUCUCUCCUUUCCAUUUCUGAAAAGAACCCAUUUUUAAACUUUUUGAAUAUUUCCAUGGCGAUCAUCAUACUGUACCGAUCUCUGUGUGUUCUUCAUUGCACAUAAGUAAAGGGGUGAUUUUUGUUUCGAAAUUAUAUCAGUGAAAUCUAGCCUAUUAAAGCGUGGGGUAUUGUUGGGGAAGAAGCAGAAAUUAAUAAGUUGAAAGAGUUGCAACAAUGCCGAGGGAAAGGCGGAAAAGGGGGUGCUCGUCCUCCUCAUCAGCAGCAUCAGCAUCUUCAAGAAUCCGCAAUUACAGGUUGAAUAAGCGGGCCAUUCUGGUGGGCAGGACUCGGGCCGGGCUUGGAGGAUCCAGAUCCGGCAACCCGGUUCCGGUAUUGAGAACCGUUGAUGCAUCCCCCAAGUGCUCCCAGCCCGUAUCGGCCCGUAGGCUGGCGGCCACUCUGUGGGAAAUGAAUGAGAUGAUAAUGCCUUCGCCGAAAAUGAGUGAGCUCAAUUUCAAGAAUUACUCACAGCAGCAGCAGAUAAAGGAUAAGAAUGGAAGCAAAAUGGUUUUUAAGAGUGAGAAAAUGCAGUCUUGUAAUUGGGGUUUGCACUUGUCCGAUCCAUUACACAGUCCCGCUUUUUCGGAGAAGAUGGAUAGAUUCGGGAGAGCUAGUCGCCAGAGGACGCCAUCAAUUUCGCAGAGGCAUCGAUCGACAGAGCAAAACGUUGCCGAUUUUGAUUGUAUUAGCAAUGCCAGUUUCAUGGAGAUCGAGACUCGGUCACGCCCUCAAACUUCAAGUGGAUCGGUUAGUGGCAACAGGAACCGUUUGAAAGACAUAAGCAAUUCUUUAACAACUUCUAAAGAAUUGCUGAAAAUAAUCAACCGCAUGUGCGCGCAUGCAGAUCAGCCUUCUUCUACUACGUCCGUUAUCUCAGCCCUGCACACCGAGCUCGAGCGAGCCCGCUUGCAGGUUAAUCAUCUUAUCCAAGAAAAGCAAUCGGACAAAAGCGAGAUUUUCAAUCUCCUAAGACAUUUUGAAGAAGCAAAAAAAUCAUGGAAAGAUAAAGAAAAUCGAUCCGUCGAGGCAGCGAUUGAGUCCGUUGCAUGUGAACUAGAGGCUGAGAAAAAAUUGAGACGUAGGCUCGAGCGUUUGAACAAGAAACUCGGUAUAGAAAUAGCCGAAAUGAAGUCGUCUUUUACGAAGGUAGUUAAAGAACUGGAAAACGAGAAGAGGGCUAGAGAAAAAACAGAGGAGGUGUGCGAUGAAUUAACGAGUGAGUCGAAAGAAGUUCGCGAGGGGGCGGAAAAGGAAAGUGGGGUGGUUGAAUUUGGCUACAGGUGGCGCGAGGAGAGAGGCCGGACGAAGAUGUCCGAGGAGAAAAAUUCUGCCAUUAGCAAGAUGAGGAGACAGUUGGAAAUUUUCCUCGGAUCGAAGAGAGACAGAGACGAAAUCAAAGGUAGAAACUCUGUUUCUGGAGAUGGUUUAGAGAGGGAGAGACUGUACGAAAUCGAGAAGGGAGUUCAAAGGAGGAGUUGUCAUGAGGAGAGACAGAGAUAUAAACCACCAGUGAAGGGUGGUAUUGAUCAGGACCAAGUUUUGUCGAGCACUAGGUUAUUAAAUUCUCGAUUAUCGUGGGCUUCGAGAGAUGAUUGUAAUGAAAGAAAAUGUGAAGUUGCAGCAGCUAAAUCAAGAAUGGGAGAUGUUAGAGAAGGACAAAGUACAAGGAGAUCCAAGUGGUGAGUUUGUUGAAUGUGUCUAAUUUAUAUAACUUUUUUGGAGUAUUACAUAAUUGUGUAACAAUGUGAAGUUGUGUAGGUGACUUACAUUUGGUUGACAAAUAUCAAGAAUUUUAACAUCUUGUUGAUCCAUAAUCAAUUAAUCAUCUUAUUUGUA